GACAGCCUCCAGCCACUCUGUGACGAACCGCCAUUGGCUCUUCUGGAGAUCGGCCAAAUUUCCAUUUUGUUGGAAAUAGAAAUAAGUACGGAAUUCAGUGCUAUUCGUCGCUAGCAACUUGUUUGUCGAGGAGAGAAGUAAUCGGAGCAUAAAUAUCAGUCAAGGCGAAGGAAUUCAUUUGGGAAAUGUCGCAUCAAACUGGAAUAAAAGCCAAUGAUGCGUUGAAGAAAUUGUUCGCCAAAUGUCGGGAUGGGAAAAUAAGGGUGCUGAAGAUCUCUAUCGAAAACGAGGAGCUGAUCCCAGCAUCGUCAUCAAAGCCAGUGGGCAAAUGGCAGGACGAUUACUCUCGCCUGGUGAAGCCCCUGAUCGAGGAAAAUCAGCCGGCCUACAUCCUCUACCGCUUGGACACAAAAUCCCCUGACUCAGGAUACGACUGGCUGUUCAUAUCCUGGUCCCCAGACACUGCCCCAAUUCGCCAGAAGAUGCUGUACGCAUCGACAAAAGCAACGCUCAAGCAAGAGUUCGGCACAGCCUCCAUCAAGGACGAACUCCAUGGAACAAUUCCAGACGACAUCACCCUCGAUGGUUACAACAGACACAAGAAAAACGAUGCCACCCCGGCACCACUCACCUCCGCCGAGGAGGAGCUCGUCGAGCUCAAGAAAACAGCUAUUCACACCGACUACAAUGUUGAAACUAGACACCAGACACUCAGUGGAGUGGCUUUUCCCGUAACCGACGAGGCAAAACAGGCGAUAACUGAGAUGGGAAAGGGCCUACACGAGUACGUGCAAUUGAAAAUCGAUCUCGAUGAAGAGAAAAUACAUCUCGUCAUGGCUUGUGAUGUCUCUCUCGAUAAACUACCUACUAAGGUACCAGCUGAUUCCGCUAGAUAUCAUCUCUACAAUUUCAAGCACACGCACGAGGGAGACUACAUGGAGUGCAUAGUGUUCAUCUACAGCAUGCCUGGCUACAGUUGCAGCAUUAAAGAAAGAAUGCUGUAUUCGUCGUGCAAAGCACCAUUCCUCGAUCUCAUUCAGUCACUGGGUGUCAACAUAACUAAAAAGUUGGAGGUAAAUACCGGAGACGAGUUAGCCGACAUGCUGGAGGAACCCCCAGUUAAAGACUCAACUGGCAACACAACCCCUAUGACCCCAUCAACACCCUCCGCUCCCCCAAAUGUAUUGUCCGAUAAAAAAUCAAAGCCAAAACGCUCCUGCGUUUUGAGUUAACAGGUUGAUCAGUUCAAUACCAGGCCUAAAAAAAAAUAGGCUGUUGCAAUGGCUAUCGAAAAAUCUCGAUUCGUUGAUUGACAUGCGAUACAAACGUUGAAUAAUAUUUUUUGGAACUAGUGUUUUAUCGAUCUUUGAUAAUGGACCACACGUGGACUAGAUCCAUUUUAUUUCCAUAGUCAAUGGGAUGGAAAGUAAUUCAUCGAAGCCAGUAGGAUCGCUAGUUGUACGAGCACAAUAACAAGAAGAGUAUAAAGUGACACGUGAUAUGUAUACCUGCAUAGUAAGAGUAGUAACGGUGUAUUUUUCUAAAUUAACCGUAUUUGAACUCAACAAUUAUACAAUGCAAACGAUAUUUUUGGUAUUGUCGAGAAAAUCAGCUUUCGAUAUAGUGGCGAACAAUGUCUGUGGUAAAACAAAAAACAUUAUUCCAGUACAGUUAAUUAAUUUAGGGGCUGAUUAUUCCUUUUCGAUAGUGGUCGUUAUGACGAGUUGUUAGAGGUUUAACUUGAGAUUACGUGUUAAGGAGUUCUUUGGGGGAUUAUUCACUUCGUUUUUGGACAAGCCUUCAGCAUUUUUUCCAUGUUCUUGGAUUACUCGUUAUUUUAUCUCCUAGACGAUGAUUCCAACGAGAUGUGAGACCAGUUGAAUAUCAUGGUUUUGUUAAAUAUCGAUUUAUCGUAAAAAGUAUUGAUUUCAAGAGGAAGUAUCAUAAGAUCUUUUUCGUUAAAAAUGUUAUGAGCUACAAAAAAGUCCUUUGGUGUUUUCAUCUGAAAUCAAUAAUUUCCGAGUUCAGUCGAUUGAAACCAUUUCAAAUUCGUUUUGUUUGGUUGUACCACUUCGUUACUGAAUUAGUUCUUUCAUCUUUAUAUUCUCAAUUAUAAUUUGACUCUUUAAUCACUUUUCCAUCAUCUUGUCUGGGAUUAAAAUAACGUGUUAAUGUUUUUCUUCUAUUCAGUUCUGUGUUAUCUACGAAAUUUCCUAGUGUCUCUAGGUUUUUAGAUCUGUGUUAAUUAAUUCGUUUUAAUAUUCGUUGUCGCUCAAAUUAACAGACCUAUUGUGAUUAAUAUUAAUAAUCUGGUUCUCUAAAUGGUGAAAUGUGGAGACUGCUAUUUCUGUAUUCAUUUCACCUGAAAUUAGGUUUCCUAGUCGUGUAAAGGUGAUAAGUACGUGUAAGCAUGUCGGAUUAAUUAUCGAUUGAGGUAAUGGAGGAUGACUAGAAGGCUUGCCGGUUAAA